AUGGCGACAAAGGUCAGCAAAGACGGCAAGCCACCGCCAUCGGCCGCCGUCAACCUCAUCGCGGGCGGCGGGGCCGGCAUGAUGGAGGCGCUGGCGUGCCACCCGCUCGACACCAUCAAGGUGCGGAUGCAGCUGUCUCGACGGGCGCGGCAGCCCGGCGCACCCAAGCGCGGCUUCGUCGCCACGGGCGCCGCCAUCAUCAAGAAGGAGACCCCCUUGGGUCUGUACAAGGGCCUGGGCGCGGUCCUGACGGGAAUCGUGCCCAAGAUGGCGAUCCGGUUCACGAGCUUCGAGGCGUACAAGCAGCUGCUGGCCGACAAGGACACGGGCGGCGUGACGGGCCGAGCGACCUUUUUGGCGGGACUGGCCGCGGGCGUCACCGAGGCCGUCGCCGUCGUCACCCCCAUGGAGGUCAUCAAGAUCAGGCUGCAGGCACAGCACCACAGCAUGGCCGACCCGCUAGACAUACCAAAGUACCGCAAUGCCGCGCACGCUCUGUACACCGUCGUCAAGGAGGAAGGCUUCGGCGCCCUGUACCGAGGCGUGUCGCUGACCGCGCUGCGCCAGGGUUCCAACCAAGCCGUCAACUUUACCGCGUACACCUACUUCAAGGAGAAGCUGUCCGAGUGGCAGCCGCAGUACAAUGGCACCACCCUCCCCGGUUACCAGACCACACUGAUCGGCUUGGUGUCGGGCGCCAUGGGACCGCUCAGCAACGCGCCCAUCGACACCAUCAAGACGAGACUGCAAAAGGCGCCGGCCAUCGAGGGAGUCAGCGCGUUCAAGAGGAUUUCACAGAUUGCCGGUGAGAUGUUCAGGCAAGAAGGCAUGCACGCAUUCUACAAGGGCAUCACGCCGCGCAUCAUGCGUGUCGCACCGGGACAGGCAGUCACCUUUACGGUAUACGAAUACCUCAAGGAGAAGCUCGAGACGAGAGGACCCUUCUCACUUUCUGGCGGCGAGUACAACGACUAG